AUGGAGCAAGUCAUGGAAACUACAGAUUUUGGUUUGAAGUUGUUGAUUGAUAGCAAAGCUCAUAAAGUUGUGUUUGCUGAAUGUGGAAAAGACUUUAUUGACUUUUUAUUUACUAUACUCAAAUUACCAAUUGGAUAUUUCUUUGGGCAGCCUAGUAAAAUGUCUGUGUUGGGUUGUCUAGGCAACAUGAUUCCAAUUAUGGAAAACUUUGGUGAUGAUUUAAUGCAACUUGAUGAACUUGGUGAAGUCAUGACAUGGAUCAUCAUAGAUGAUUUGUUCAUUGCACCAUUAUCUGCAACUAGUGUGAUCAAUGUGCUAAACAAAUAUAAGGCACAAGUUGAUCCACUUCAACACAAGACCAUUGAUUUUCAGAUAAGUGAUUUGAAACAAGAGUUCUUGCAGGUUUCUUUGAAGUCCAAAACAGUUUUAACUCAUCUUUUUCUCAUACAGACAGGAUGGAGAAAAUCAAACAAUGGAGAAAAAUGCAGUGUGAAGCUUACAGUUGACAGUGAAGCCAAUAGAGUUGUCUUUGUUGAAGCUACUCCAAACAUGUUUUUGGAUAAUGAUGGUGGUUAUGUUAAAAGACUAAUAGUGUACAUGGUAACUGAUGAUUUGUCAGUAACCCCCUUGUCUAUGAUAUCUGCAUUGUCAAAACUCGACAUAUGUACUAAUGCAGAACCAAAUGCUGAGUUUGAAGUGAAGAUCGUUGAGUUUGGUGUUAAUGAGGCUCUAGGAUUUUUAGAAGCAUCCUUUGAAUCAAAGACAGUGCUAAGCGAUACAUUUCUUGAGGGAUGA